UUAUCUGUGAGGAGAGCUGGAAAACACGCGCUGACAGCCGUGCCUGAGGACUAGAAUUGUGAAACACUGCUCUAUGCGUUUGUCAGAGAAAACAAUAAACAUUUUUUCUAAGAACGAUGAUGUCUUCUAAAUAUAGCAUGAAACGUGUCUCCGCGUUGGGAACUGGUCAGCCGACAUUCUCUCGGUUCAGAACUCCAUCUGCGGCUGACAGCGGGGUAGUAGUGCUGGCAGUGCUGAGAGUGAGGCACCAAUGUACUCCUCAGGUGUAGCCUGGACCCUGCUUCUCCUAGAAGCGUUUGGGGCCAGUCAGUCUGCACAAGGAUGUGGAAAACCUCUGGUGACCGAUCGCAUUAUGGGGGGACAGAACGCGCAGGCUGGCCAGUGGCCCUGGCAAGUGAGCUUACGCCUUAAUAAGAAGCACUUCUGUGGUGGAUCCCUCAUCAGUAAUUCAUGGGUUGUGUCAGCCGCUCAUUGUGUCACACAAGACACCGGGGCGAGCACCUCCACGCUUACCGUCGCCCUUGGGGCCUAUCAGCUAUCCAAUAUAAACUCUCAUGAGAUUAUUCUUCCCGUGAAAAGCAUCAUUAAGAAUUCUAACUACGCUACAACAGGGUCCCUGGGUGACAUCAGUCUCAUCGAGCUGGCCACGCCCGUGAACUACACGACUUACAUCCUCCCGGUCUGUCUACCGACCGUCAAUGUGGACUUUCCUAUGGGCCUGUACUGCUGGGUUACCGGCUGGGGGAACACGCAAUACGGCCUAAAUCUCCCGAAUCCUCAGACUCUGCAGGAAGCGAAGAUCCCGCUGAUAGAUACACCGACCUGCGACGCACUAUAUCACAUUAACGCCGACAAACCCAGCAGUCAGCCGAUCGUCCUGAAUGACACUAUCUGCGCAGGAUAUAAGCUGGGUGGCACGGACUCCUGUCAGGGAGACUCUGGAGGUCCCUUGGUAUGUUCUCAGAAUGGACAGUGGUUCUUGGCUGGAUUAGUGAGUUGGGGAGAUGGCUGCGGGAUGUUAAACCGCCCUGGAGUUUAUACCCGGCUGACUUACUAUCAGGACUGGAUUGUGAAGAAUGCUCCAGAAGCUGCAGAGAAUAUUAUGAAUGUAACGUUCACGGGAGUGAUAAACCCUGAGGCCUAUCUGUCCACUAAAGUCCCCAGCAGCGCCAUUCGUGUUUCCCACAUAUUCCCCGUCACGUGGAUAAUAGUUCUAUUUAUCAGCUUGUAACGCUGUCACAGCAUGUGAUUAAAGGAUUGAGCAAUCAAA